AUGUCGGAAACUGGAACCGCAACGGCUCGUGCCAGCACCAGCUCGCGGGCUGCCUCUCCUUCUCGUUCUGGCGCCUCACCAAACAAGUCCCAGGCAAGCGCAUCAAAGCUGGAACAGGGAGACAACAAAGAGGGGCACAACAGUCAUGACUCGCCUCAGAACAAGGAUGCUGCCCAAGAGAAGCGCGAUCCCAACCUCGUCACGUGGACAGACGACGAUCCCGAUAACCCUCUCAACUGGACCUAUCCUCGCAAGGUCAUGCUGCUGUUCGUAGUGACGGCGUGCGCUUUCUGCGUCACCAACACCUCUUCCAUCAUCAGCAAUGCCUAUCAGGGCAUCCAGGACGAGUUCCACGUUUCGCGCGUCGUCGCCAUUCUCGGUCUCUCCCUUUUUGUCAUUGGUCUCGGCAUCGGACCCAUGCUGCUCGGACCUCUUUCCGAGUUCUACGGACGACGUCCCGUCUACAUCGUCUCCUACACAGCAUUCACCCUGCUCGGCCUGCCCGUCUCGUUCGCCAACAACCUGGCCGUCUUCCUCAUCUUCCGCUUUCUUACCGGUUUUUGCGGAUCUGCCUUCCUUAGCGUGGCAGGAGGGUCCGUCUCGGACAUCUUCCUGGCGAGCGACAUCUUUGUACCCAUGUCCAUCUACACCAACGGUCCCUUCCUUGGUCCCGUCUUUGGUCCUCUGCUGAGUGGCUUCAUCAACCAGCACACAAACUGGAGGUGGACCUUUUGGACCAUCAACAUCUGGUCUUCUGUCAUGCUCGCCAUCCUCUUCUUCUUUGGUCCUGAAACCUACGCGCCCGCCCUGCUCACCUCCCGAGCCAAGCGGCUGCGCAAGGAAACCGGCAACCAAGAGCUGUAUGCGGAACACGAGCAUGUCAUUGCGGGCAAGUCGCUCGUCAAGACCAUUGUCACCUCGACCACUCGACCUUUCGAGCUGCUCGUCAAAGAAGUCAUGCUUCUGUUGCUGUGUCUCUGGUCAGCAUUGUUGCUCGGCAUCCUUUACCUCUUCUUCGUCGCUUUUCCGAUUGUAUUCGAGAGGCACGGCUUCAACCUGCAAGAGGUCGGUUUGUCGUUCCUCGGCAUUGGCAUCGGCAUGAUCAUCGCCGUCCUCUGCAUGCCCUUUUGGGCACGGCAUUAUACACGACUCGUCGAGACGAAAGGCAACGGCGUCGCUGAACCCGAGUUCAGGCUACCCGUUGCGAUGGUGGGAGCCAUCUGCCUCCCCAUCGGCAUGUUCUGGUUCGCCUUCACCACCUACCCGUCCAUCCACUGGAUCGUGCCCAUCCUCGGCACCGUCGUCUUUGGCUUCGGCAUCAGCAACAUCUUCACUUCCGUGUUCACCUACACAACGCAUGCCUAUCGACCCGUCGCAGCAAGCGCCAUGGCCGCCAAUUCGUUCUGCAGAAGCUCGUGGGCGGCGGCAUUUCCUUUGUUCGCAAAACAGAUGUACGACGGCAUGACACCAGCGGGAGCAUCGGCGUUCUUGGCAGGGCUCAACGUGCUCAUGAUCCCAGUACCAUUCGUGUUCUACAAGUACGGAAAGAAGAUCCGAGCCAACAGCCAGUUCACCCACGUAUGA